CAGCAAAGGGUGAGAGGCAGGCCCCAUCCAAUAAUCAACAUCCCGUAGACGAAACUAACUCAUUAGCUAUAGUCACCGCGGCUGCGGUAGUGUGGCUUGGUGGUCUUGCUGCUGGGGCUGGCUGGCUGGUUGAUUGGCAGCGUGAAUGUGUGUGCCCAGGAGACGAAGCCCCACGGUGACGGCCAGCAGCGAGUAGUUAAACAACAACAAAGUUCGGCGAACUUAGCUCCGGCUGUUGGAUGCUUCAUUGGGGCUGUGGGAGUGUAUGUGUAUGUGCUCCGAGUGUCAGGAACACGGACGUCUGUGGGGGUGGGAGCUGGGAAUUCGAGACCGUAGCAAGAACUGAGUUUUUUCUGGUCUAACCGGGCUUCAUCGUCGGCUGAGGAAAGAAGCUACUGGUCUGAUGGUUGAACUUUAUUCAAAGGCAUACUAGGGGCGGCACUCGUGCACCAUUUGUGGGCAGUGGACAUCAUCCACGUGGUGCCGUGCCCUUCCAUGUCUACCGGAUUAACACCAAGUUCCAUCAGCGCCGCCACUCACUCCCGCCUCGCCGAAGCCGCCCUUGAAUUUCAGCCGUCGGUCCGACUGGUUCGGCUUCCUCUGAUGGCCAUGGACGGUGACUGCAUGGAUCCUGUCGGGAUGGCCGGGGGACCUGAUGAGGAGCCUCCCUCAAAGAAACCUAGGACUAAGAUUAUUCCGUACAAGCUAAAGGAGUCCGAUAAGAAGAUGGUAUACGACAGCGGUAAGUUGAAAGGUACGGUGAUUUACACCGAAGAGUUCAAACGCAGCGUUUGGGAUUUCCUCUUGGAGCACUCACUGGCUGAGGGUGAGCUGCGCUAUCCAGACAUUUCGCAUUCAGUGCUGUACAAAUGGAGACGAAAAGCUCAUGAACAGGCUGGUUUAUUUAUGCCACAACGGAAGAGCCUCAUGGCAGACCUAAAAAAGGACCGUGACAAGGACGAUACUGAAACAUCUCAAGGUGGCGCUGAUAAGGAUCGCAGGUACUCCGAGCCUCCCAAAGUUCCAAAGCUCAAGAUCUCGCUGAAGCUAGCCACAAAAGACGAUUCUAAGGACCCGAAAGAAUCAAAAGAACCGAGGGUCAAACAGAUAACGGCUCUUUCGGACGAUCUCACAGUGGAGAAAAAGAUCAGAGUGGUCAUCUUUGCUCUCCAGAACUCGACGCAGAAAGCAGCCGAACAUUUCAACAUGCGUGCCGGCGAUGUACAUAGCUUCAUGUCACAGAACGUUAUUCGUCGGAUGGCCAUAGACCGUAUUAGAAAGAAGAUGACGAAAGGCGGUCGCAGUGGUGAGUCAGGAGGUAAAAGUCGAGAGGAGAUUGAGGAAAUAAUCAAUCUGGCACGACGCACUUCGGUGGAACGUGCCGCUAGACAGUACAGCGUUCGAGAAGGCCAGGUCAUUCAAUGGGUGCGCGCGGGUGUGCCCCCGUUAGCCAUCGAGGGUGUGCCGGCUGCUAAUAGCGAGGCAAAUGGGAAUACCAAUGGACGCACUGCAGGCAAUGGAGAUGCAAAUGACGGUGAGGAUGAGGACAGCGAGUACCUCGACUUUAUGCUGAAGGUUAUCGAUAUGGCUAGGAAACAGACACUUUCCCGAGCCAGCCAAACUUUCCAGGUGCCACCUAAUCAGGUGAUCGGCUGGAUGCGUCAAUUCUUCACCGAGGAAGAGAUACGUCGUGUGCAAAAUAGCGAUGAUGAUCAGUCGGGAUCAGAGCAUAAAGCGGAUCGCAAAGUGGAAAUUCGAGACAUUCAUCGGUCUCCACCACUUGAUGCAGACGAACUGGAAAAGAUGUUGUAUCAUCGACUUCAGCAGCCGUCAUCGCGUAUCCGUGUAAUCGAUACGGGCGAGAUGGCGAUCGAAAAGGUUGUGGCGGUUCUCAAGGUGGCUCUCACUGAAGGCAGUAAGACUGCCUCUGCCCAAUUCAACAUCCCUCGUACAACUGUUUCGACGUGGAUAACCCGCAACAAUCUCGAGGAGCUCGUCGGUGCUGCCCAGCAGACCAACACUGUGACUAACGUGGCCACGACGUCGUCGUCUCCGACGUCGUUAGCCACAGCGGUGAUGGCACCCCCUUCCAGCAGGACACGUCGAAGCGGAGGCGCUGCAUUUGAGUCCCAUACCUUCAGGUUUCCCAGCAAUGGAAACUCACUUCAUUCAGUUUCGCGGUCGCCCUUCAAAAAUGCGGUGCGUCAUGGCUCGCCGUCUGGAUCGCCCUUGGCGUACGGGAUCCCGGCUACGAUGGGCGAUCAGCUCGAGUCGAUGGAGGAUGAUCAGCCAAUGCCGUCACAGUGUUCGAGUAUAAACGGCAAUAAUAACAGUAUGGACAAUCAGACGGAUUCGAACAACAAUGAUGCCUCAUUUUCGACUUCGAAAGAUUCGUCUCUGACUUUCGUCAAUGGCAAUGGCCACAUCAAGGAGAACCAGAUUGCAAAGAUCGGGACAGCGAAUGACGUUGAAGUUAAGGAACUGAACAACAAGACGAUGACACUGUCUCUGGCACAGAUUGAGACUGCGAGGGAACUUGGCAUCACAAUGAGGUGCCUGUCGAGGUGGCUUGAAUGUCGAGACCACUUUUUGAAGUUACGUAAUGGUAGAACGUCAAUUCUCUCGGGCGACGCCCUCCGCGAGUUACUGAACUUUCGCCUUGAAGCCACCGACUAUGCCCAGAAAGAGGGACGCCUAUACGCAGCAAGCAUCUUUCGGGUGACGUUGAGUGAACUUCACGAGUGGAGCGGACGGCGUGAGGCCUACGUUCGGGCACUCAGUGGUCGAACCUGCUCUGAUCCUCAGGCAUUGGCCGUCGUUGAUGGCUCAGAUUGGUUCUUACGCGAGCGAGAAGAACUUGCCAGAGCGCAGGCAAUUGCCCAUAGGGCGUAUAUACAUGUAUACAACUUUCUGCUAAGAUGUGCGUACAGCGUCUGUCACUGUGAGAAGCGUCGAGGAGGCCGUCGCUAAGACUAAAAACACAUUCGACAGAUGACUGCCAGUGUCCCGGAAGCGUGGCCUGAUGACGUGUGAUUCUGUGUGAAGUUUUUCGGUGCCUUAUCAGCUUUCUCAAGCGUGAUUCCGCUUCUUCGGCUCGCGUUGAUGCUCGAAGCUUUGCUGUUGGAACAUAGCUGUCGCUCAAAUGCAUGAAGACCAAGAAGCAGGUGAAACAGAAAAGAUCGGAGGAUUCCGUUAUUCUUGAAUGCCAAAUCCUGUACUGUGGAAUACACUGAUCUGUAGACAGUUCACGACUACUUCACAGUUUUGGCCUAUUUGGAUCUUACGUUCGACCACCAUCCUGAAUGAUUCCGAACACACACAUUUGUAACGAUACGUGGAAGCUUGGAGUUGAUUGAUACCUCAAUCCUGUCUGUGCUGUACAUAAUUCACAUGGCUAAUUCAUUAAUUGAAAAGCAAUAAUAAUCAUACUGAAAAAUCCAUCUCGGCGUAGGAUGCCUUUAAAACGAAACAUUGAUUCGAUAUUAUGUUCUUCGUACAAGUCUAACAAUUAAUCAGUAUUUCUUACGAUAUUCUUCGGAUCGAUAUCUUAGAAAAUCCAAUCGGAGUUACCCGAAUGGAAGCUAUGAGCUAUGAGCUGUCAGUGACGCUUUGAUAGAUUUAGAUAGGAUUAAACACGGGGAUGACUUCGUACGAACGAUACGUUGAAGGACAUCUUCUCCGCGCAGCUAUUGUAUAUUAUGAAACUUUUCCGAAACGUCUGUUUGUUUUGUAAUGAAUCGUCAAAGCCCAGUGUCGACCGAAAAUGACGGUUUCCAGGACACAAACUUUGUCAGUAACUGGACGAUAUUGUGCAGUCGACUAAUGUAAAUGCGUAUAGGCUCUCAACAGGCUACACUAUUGUCCAACAAUAAGGAUUCGCAGAAAUAACAAAAUAAGUUAAGCUUUACUGUGUGUCACUCGAGGUAAUUAAUGAGAUGAUAAGUUAUUACUUUGCAAUUCGUUAUUUUCAAUUAUACAGUCUAUAAUGCUAUCGAUUAGUGUCCCGUUUGCUUGCAAUCACCAAGAAAGUCAAUGAUAUGGGUAGAUUUAAAUGUGGACAAAGGCGUUGAAAUUAGUUAGGUAAUGAUGAACUAUGAUGGUAUCCUGUGCCAACAAUUAGCAAUGAAAAGGAGAUUCGGACAACGAUCAGAGAAAUACUGUUUUCAGCAGCCAUCUGUAAUUUUCAUCAGCGCACGUUUAAGUUGAGAUGAUUUUUCUAAGGCCUAACUAAUGCAUAUACGAUUGCAUAAUAGUAUUCGUAUUAUCUUUUGUGUGUGAUUUUUGAUAGCGCUUAUUUCAGGAAACACUUCCCCUGUGGACGACGGAUGUGUCCUAUGAACGACGUGUAGUAAUAACGAAUGAACUUUGCCCACGAGCAAAAAAAAGAUGCAAAGGCUGAGCUUGAAAACGCCUAAACGUGAUCGUAAUAUGGGGCGCUUAAACGGCGUUGCAAUAUUGUUUUGACCGUGCGGACUUGAUAUGUAGUG